AUGGAACACUACUCAUACAAUACAGACAAGGAAAAUGCUCACAAAAAGCGAGAACUCCUUCGUAGAGAGCAAGAUUCUUAUGUCUAUACUCAGGGAGGAAAAGCUGCUGCAUUAUUCGGAUCAGGAGCUGUAGCUGCAUCGUUUUUACUCGAACGCAUCUCGCCCUUCUACCAUCGAUUGAGGAUCCCCGCUAAAGCUUUCCUCUUUGCUGGUGUCGUCACCGCAUCCUUCUUCACAGCCGCAGACCGUGCGGCAAUCGAAGUUGACCAGAAAUUCGCAAAGCAAUACUCUCACGUCGACGUGGAACAAAUAGAACAAAUCCUCGAGGCUCGUAAAAACGCUAAAACGUUUAAAUGGACCACAGAUGAUCUUUCGGAGCAAAUAAAACUUCACCGGUACAAGUUGGUGGGUGGAUUAUGGUCUGGUGCUAUGAUCGGUACCUUGUGGUACAACUGGAGGAGAGGUGAUAUUACAACGGCCCAGAAAGUUAUCAAUGCUCCUCUCGCAUCAACAGUCACCGAACCAGAAGAAGCCCAUGAUCCGCAUUACGAUCUCAUUGUAUAUGGUACCUCUGAUGUAGCAAAGAUCCACGAAAUGAAGGCCAAAGCCAUGAUUCUGCCUCAAUAA